AUGGAUGAAACAGUCGCGCCCAACCUGGUAGCAGAAUCGCUACAUCUCCAGCUCCGAGAAGCCUUUGGCGACCUGAUCAGCGCGACGUUCCCCCUCACCUUUGCCACCUUUUCGCGCCGCGUGGAUCCAGAUUGGAAGGUGUUCGUGCAGCGUCAUGCCAAAACACAGCCCGUCGCCAUCACGCUGAGUGUCCGCUGUCUCACCACCUGGUACUUGGCCCUGCGCCAUCAGGAUCAAGACAAGAUCACCGCCAGUCGACACAUGUACAGUCGCGCCCUGCGUUCACUCGCCGGCCUUCUGCGCAAUCCCGCGACCAUCACAUCCGAUACCACUCUCGCGUGUGCCAUGGCCUUGGCUGUCUAUGAGAUGUGGGAUGGCGUCAGUCCAAACUCCUGGCUUGUUCACUCAAGAGGGGUGAGAGCCUUGUUCCGACUUCGCGGCCCGGACGCCCAUCUGGACGGCUUCGGGCGGACUCUGUUCACCACCUAUCGAUCCUUUCUCGUGGCGGAUGCACUCAUCCACCAGGAGCCAUGUUUUAUGGCGGAGACGAGUUGGAGACAAAUGGUCCUGGCAGCGCUCGCUAGGGAAGAGCGGGAGGGCAAAGCCAGUCGCCUAGUCGACGUGACCGAAAAGCUCUUCAGUGAGAUUGUCCUCUGCCCAGGGUUCCUGAAGCAAACACGCGAUAUAAUCGCCCAGGCGACGUUGGAGCCCUCCACGGAGACGCUCAUGUCUGAAAUCCGACGUAGUCAGAGCAUCCUCAAGCGGCUUCGGCAGACAUUGACACUGGGGCAGAUCCAAGAGGAAGGCAGAGUGGAUAGUCCAAUCGGCGCGGAUUUCGUGCAGCCCAUCACUCGACUCAGUCUCGAGGGGGCAGACUCCGCAUUAGCCCUACUGAACCAAUUGUUGGUGAUCCUAGAUACCCACAAGAACCAAUCUCUAGAUCCGGAGAGCAAAAUGGGCCUGUCAGGAGAGAAUCCCUGGAGGAAGCCCCCCGUCCCACGAACCAUGCUGCUGCCCGCAGGCAGGCAUACGGAGAACAAGCUUGAUGACCGCUUAGAUCGGAUUCGCCGUAAUGAUCAACUCUGCCCCUCCGGGAAGGCGGUCAAGCGGCCAAAUUUGGUAUCGAUAGCCAAAACGCUCUCGACGCUUCCAAAAUUUUUCCAGCAUCGGCGCCCAACGAUGGUGAAGUCUUACUUAAAAUUCGAGCACGCGAAUACGUUCGGGCUCAUCGCAUCUGCUUCGUCGAAUGCGAUCUGGGCCCGAGACGAUGACCUGACCGGUGCUGCACGUCGCACUGGCUCCGGCCGAGCCAUCGUCGGCGCCAGCGAGGAGGUCUUGUGCUGGGAUAUCAAGAAAGGCGAACUGUUGGGGAGGUUUACCAUGGCCGAAAUGCUUCUCCUCUUACCUCUGGUUACCAGAGCUAACAUCUCGCUUGAAUCCAGCUACGAAGAUGGAAGCAUCCGCGUGUGGGAUUCCCGGACGGCUACGGUCAUCAUCGCCUUCAACGGUCACAAGUCGGCCAUUACCCAGCUUGCGUUCGACCCCUCCGGUGUCCGACUCGCCAGCGGCUCGAAAGAUACGGAUAUCAUUCUGUGGGAUCUAGUCGCCGAAGUUGGACAGUUCAAGCUGCGCGGUCAUACCGACCAAGUGACUUCCCUUCAGUUCCUCACGCCCUCCAUGGAGCUGCUCAAUGCCGCUGGGCUGAGUGAGCAUGCUGGCUUUCUGCUCACGACAGGCAAGGACUCUUUGGUUAAGGUGUGGGAUCUGGCCUCGCAACAUUGUAUCGAAACCCAUGUGGCGCAGUCGAAUGGAGAGUGCUGGGGCUUGGGUCUUUCGCCGGACCAGAGUGGGUGUAUCACGGCUGGCAAUGACGGCGAGCUCAAGGUCUGGUCGAUUGACGAGAGUGCCAUGCUCGAGAUUUCCAAGGAGAAGGUGGGCUCGGAGAAUCGCAGAGUUCUGACCGAGAGGGGUACGUUCUACCGCAACGGCAAAGACCGCACGAUCGGCGUGAGUUUUCAUCCACGUGCGGACUAUGUGGCUUUUCAUGGAUCCGAGAAGGCGGUUGAGAUCUGGCGCAUUCGCUCCGAGACUGAGGUGCAGAAGAGUCUCGCACGGAAGCGCAAGAGAAGAAAGGAAAAGGAAGCUCAACGCGCAGCUGAGCAGGAUGGGACCGCCCCGGAAGCCGACACUGACAAACCCGAAGACAUUGCUUCCGCCCCAGUGACGGAAAUCUUCGUGCAACACGUCAUUGUCCGGACUGGCGGCAAGGUGCGGUCUUUCGACUGGGUCAAGCCCAAAUCUACCGGCAACCUUCAGCUCAUUGCGGCGACGACGAACAACCAACUCGAGGCUUACAGCGUGGUGCAGGCCAACAAGAAGAACAAGGAUGAGGAUGAGUCGGACUACACUCGGAGUCUCGCGGUUGACCUCCCCGGCCACCGCACCGACGUUCGGUCAAUUGCUUUGAGCUCGGAUGACCGCAUGUUGGCUUCAGCGUCCAAUGGCAGUUUGAAGAUCUGGAACUUACGGACACAGAGCUGUCUGCGGACUUUGGAGUGCGGCUAUUCGCUGUGUUCUGCCUUCCUUCCGGGUGACAAGAUCGUGGUGGUCGGCAACAAGGAUGGCCAGUUGGAGGUUUUCGAUAUCGCGUCAUCGACACUCCUGGAUACCAUCAACGCCCACGAUGGCCCUGUAUGGUCGCUCCACGUCCACCCCGACGGCAAGUCCCUGGUCAGCGGAAGUGCAGACAAGUCGGCCAAGUUCUGGAAUUUCCAGGUGGUUCAGGAAGACAUUCCUGGCACUAAGCGGACGACCCCGCGGCUCAAGUUGGUCCACACUAGGACUCUGAAGGUCUCCGAUGACAUUCUCAACAUCCGCUUCUCGCCGGAUGCUCGCCUACUUGCUGUGGCUCUCCUGGACAAUACCGUGAAGGUCUUCUUUGCCGACUCCCUCAAGCUCUUCCUCAACCUCUACGGUCACAAACUCCCUGCUCUGAGCAUGGACAUCUCAUGGGACAGCAAGCUCAUCGUCACCUGCUCGGCGGACAAGACCGUCCGUCUCUGGGGCCUGGACUUUGGUGAUUGUCACAAGGCCUUCCUGGCCCACGAGGACAGCAUCAUGGCCGUGGCGUUCGUGCCGACGAACAAGGAAGGAAAUGGACACAACUUCUUCAGCGCCAGCAAGGAUCGGCUCAUCAAAUACUGGGAUGGCGACAAGUUUGAGCAGAUCCAAAAGUUGCCUGGCCACCACGGUGAAAUCUGGGCUCUCGCCAUCAGCCACAAUGGCGAGUUCGUCGUCAGCGCCAGCCACGACAAGAGCAUCCGCACCUGGCAGCAGACGGAUGAGCCGCUCUUCCUCGAGGAAGAACGUGAGAAGGAGCUGGAAGAGAUGUACGACAACACGCUGACCGCCUCCCUCGAGCAGGAGGAGGGUGAGGACGGCGAAAAGGCGGAGGCUGUCGAUGCCGGGAAACAGACUACCGUGACCCUGAUGGCGGGAGAGAAGAUCAUGGAAGCGCUGGACUUGGGCAUGGAAGACCUGGAGGUGAUGCGCGAAUGGCGUGCCAUCAAGGCUUCCCAGCCGAACGCCGCGCCACCCAGCCGGAACCCCCUGUACAUGGCGCUGGGCAAUAUCUCUGCCGAACAGCAUGUGUUGAGCGUUGUGCAGAAGGUCCCCGCGGCGUCGCUUCAAGACGCGCUGCUCGUGUUGCCCUUCUCGAAGCUGCCGGCGCUGUUCACGUUCCUCAAUAUCUGGGCCACCCGGGAAUGGAACAUCCCCCUCACCUGCCGCGUUCUGUUUUUCAUGCUGAAGACGCACCACCGCCAGAUCAUCGCCAGCAAGAUGAUGCGGCCGAUGCUGGACAGCAUCCGGGCCUCGCUGCGGAGAGUGCUGGCGCGCCAGAAGGACGAGAUGGGAUUCAAUCUCUCCGCGCUGCAGUUUGUCGGCCGCCAGAUCAAGGAGCAAAGCACCAAGGACUACGUGGAUGAGGACCUGUGGGAGGAGCAGGAGAAGACUACGGCGACGGGCAAGAAGCGGCAAUUUACCAUCUAUCUUAAGCUGCGGUACCUCCAUCCAACGCUUGCCUUAGCUCUAAUUACGCGAAAGACCUAG